AUGGGUUUCUCCACCACAGCCGAGUUCGACCAGGCAAGACCCAUCGGGUGGCUUAUUCGCUUGAAGCGCACAUGGUGGAUGAUUGAAGAGAACAAGGAUCGCAUCGCAGCAGCGCUUUACAAUGACCUCCACAGACACCGUCAGGAGUCCAUAUUUGCUGACUGCGCUGGCGCUCAGAAGGAUAUUCUCCGCACCCUCAAGAGUCUGGACGAGUGGAUGAAGGAUGAUACGCCGACUAGAUGGGAUGUCAUCAACUUCAUGGGCGGCACAACCGUCCGCAAGGAGCCUAAGGGCGUGGUUCUUAUCAUCGGUGCCUGGAACUUUCCAGUCCUGCUAGUCCUGCAGCCCAUGAUUGCUGCCAUCGCCGCUGGCUGUGCCAUGAUCCUUAAGCCAUCAGAUAUGGCGCCUGCAUGUCAAGAUCUAAUGAUGGAGCUUAUCCCGCAAUACUUGGAUUCUGAUGCUAUUCGGUGUGUCUCUGCCGGUCCGCAAGAGAUGCAGCAUAUCCUCGAGCGCCGCUUUGACCAUAUUUUCUAUACUGGUUCCGGUAACAUCGCAAAGAUCGUUUAUACCGCGGCUGCAAAGCAUCUUACACCCGUCACGCUGGAGCUCGGUGGCCAGGGUCCAGCUAUUGUCACCCCGACAGCCAACAUCGACCUUUCGGCCAAGCAUAUAGCAGCCACUAAGUUCUCGAACGCUGGCCAGAUCUGCCUCAAUGUGAACCACGUCCUUGUGAAUGCACAAGUCCACGACGCUCUAGUCAAGGCUUUAAUCAACCACUUCAACAUCUUCAUGGGCGGCGAAGAUAACCGCCCAGACUACUACACCCACAUAAUCAACGAGCGCAACUUCGACAGACUAGACAGCCUCCUAAACUCAACAUCAGGCAAUAUAGUCUACGGUGGCCAACGCGACCGCUCAACCCGAUUCUUCGCUCCAACCAUCGUCACAGGCGUGAAACCCGGCGACAGCCUCCUAUCCGAAGAACUCUUCGGUCCCAUCCUCCCCAUAAUCGAAGCAGAUCUGGACACCGCCCUCGCAUUCACCAGAGAAACAGGCCAACCAUUGAGCGCGUAUGCAUUCACCCAAAGCCCAGCUGAGAAAGACCGCCUUCUCAACGAGAUCCAGUCUGGAGGCGUCACAUUCAAUGACUGCAUGCUCCAUGCCGGCGCCCAGGGCGCGCCUUUCGGCGGAACAGGAUCGUCGGGCUUCGGCUAUUACCAUGGCAUUCAUGGAUUCCGCGAGUUCUCUUACCUGCGUACGGUUACAAAUGCCCUCCCGGCUUGGAUGGAGCCGUUGAUGGAUGCGAGGUAUCCGCCUUAUUCGCUUAAGAAGCUUAAAGCUUUUGCGCCUGAUGUUACGCCUCCAUUCGAUCGUGAUGGGAAGGAUAUUUCCCAGAGGAGCUUGACGAAGUGGGCCAUCGGCUUUGGAGUGUUGGCGUUUUCGGCUGUGAAAUUAGGCGUGCACGAGAGUAUCUUGGACCUGACUUCGUAA